CAGAGCCCAUAUAAAACACAUAAAAGAGCCACUUUACUGUAAACAACUGUUUGUAACAUCAGUCACUUCAUGAAUAGCCACGCCCAUUUGUAAAGGACCAAUCAGGACGCUCGGUUUAAUAGGCCACGCCCAGAGUAUGCGCUUGCGACGAAAGCUACGCGGAGCUUCUCAGUUUUCCUGUAACUCCCGCGAGGAAGUGACAUGACGUCGCUGAAUAGUGAACAGUCGACGAAGUUAAAGUUUAGUGUUGAUAGUAUAUUAGGGAAUAAUGAAAGUACCCAAGUGUCAGAGGCGAGGCCGCAAGAGCCUCCGUGUUCAGGAUGUGUGGCGGCCCUUUACAGGUGUUGCAGAGACGAGCCGUUGCUUCAACUGCAAUUGCCUCUACCAUAUGCACACUUGCAUCCAGCUUUAAGACCGACUUCAGUUUACCGGUUACCACUUCCUUCGCCUCCACAUUCCUCUACUCCGCGAUGUGACGUCACCUCCACGGGCAAAAGAAAACGAUCAUGGUCCCGCGCUGUGUUCAGCAAUCUUCAGAGAAAAGGACUUGAGAGGAGAUUUCAAAUACAAAAAUAUAUAACAAAGCCAGAUAGGCGACAGUUAGCAGCUACACUUGGAUUAACUGAUGCUCAGGUAAAAGUGUGGUUUCAAAACCGGCGCAUGAAAUGGCGACAUACGAAAGAAGGUCGUGCGGGCCUUAACUCUGUGGGCAGCGGGCGAGAUCCAGAUUCCACAGCUCAGGAGGACAAUGAAGAUAUCGAUGUAGAUACUCUUAGUGAUUAGGGAGAUUUUUAUACUAGACUGUGUCUGUCGCUUUCUACGCUCUAAUUACUAUAUUGGUAUGUGAGUUUACGGACAGGAGACUAAUUAUUAAAUUAUAUUGUAUAUAAACUAUUUUCAAUAGCA